CAUCAUGGCCGACAAUGAUGAAGAAGAAGGCAAUGUCGCCUCCAAGCCACUGAUGACGCCCUUGACGGUGGAUCACUACAGGCUCCUGUAUGUCCACAAGGAUGAAAAAAUCCGUGUCUUGACGUCCAAAGUUCAAGAACAAGAGACGACGAUCCAGCGUCUUCAAAAGGAAUUGUCGGCGCUGCGCCAAAAACAUGGAGAAGCUGCAGAUUCCAGCGUAGUACCAACGAAUGGAGCUGUCAAUCCAGCAAAUGGACAAGCGGAAGGUGCCAGUAACGAAACAAAUGGAAAGGCUGCAGCAGCGAGUCCAUCUAUUGACAAGACGGAAAAAGCCGCGGGCUCACCGGCAGAAGAAUCCGCAACCGCGCCACACCAACACACCACCAAUGCCAUGCCUGCCGCUACGACUACCGCUAGUACCGAAAGCAACCUGAAUCAAAGUCCCGCAGAGUCACCAGAAAAAGAAACAGAUUCAACACGGGAAUUGUUGAUCAAGAAUGGAUGGAUUGCUGCUCCCGGUGCUAGUAGUGCUAAUACUGGUAGACUGAAGAAGAAGAAAAAGAGACCUCCACCCCCAACGUCAUCGUCCGAAGAAUCGGAUGAAGAAGAAUUGGAAGACUCAGAAGAAGUUCCCCCACCACCAAAGAAAAGUAACAGAGAAAAUCAGCAUGAGAAAAAGAGGCCUCCACCCCCACCGUCUUUGUCAGAUGAAGAAGAAGAAUCAGCACCACCACCGAAGAAACCCAACAGAGAAAAGCAGCACGAAAACUUGAAGAAAGGCUGGGACCUGAGGCGAGGCUAUUGGGAGGAGAGAUUCGCCGAGUUGGUCACAUACAAGGAGCAAAACGGACACACCAACGUGCCUCAUAAAUACCCCGACAAUCCGGCAUUGGGACACUGGGUCAUUACCCAACGACAAUAUUACCGAAAUACCAUGAAUCUGCCUCCAGAGAUUGCCCCCGACCGAAAACUCUGCGCCGAAAAAAUUUUCAAACUGCAAAAACUGGGAUUCCAAUGGGAGGUGCAAAAAGCGCAGAAUGCCGCGACGUGGGAAGACCGAUACCGCGAGUUGAUCCGAUUCAAGUCCGACCACGGACAUUGUCGAGUACCCAAGCGAUACCCACCCAACAUGAAACUCGGCAAUUGGGUGUAUGAACAGCGGAAAAAUUACAAGAGUAUCCUGACGGGAACGGGUAGAGGACGCAGGGGCAUGACGGACGAACGAAUCCGUCGAUUGGAAGAGCUGGGAUUUCAAUGGUCCGCCAAAUCAUAAUAGGGGCGCGUCCAUCGCGCGCCACUGGUGGCAUUCUAGAACCACUCUUGUACCCAACGAAUUUGUUGUCGCUUCUCUUCUAGAUUCCAAGUUGAUAGCAGGGCCAAUUGCUAUUGUAUGUGAUGGAAACUUUCUCCGGUACUUCGUGCUGCUAAAAAUUGUCUUGCUGGUCCUUCCGGUGUUUGAGUACUGUUUGGGCUUUGCAAUGGAUCCAGAUGAUGGGUUGUGGGUACUGGUACCAGUUGCUCCGGGCGUGUGACCAGGUGAUGAUGACCUGCCUGGCCCGAGACGAAAUGGCUGCGUAGCAUGAAUUGUAGGCAUUGGUAGAUCGAGCUGUUGAUACAUGAAUUUGGCCUGGUGUGGAACCAAGAGUGUGGCAGGGUAUUGUCCACGCAAAACGGUACGAAAUGUAGCAUCGUGUGACACAGCCGCAAGAAGAGCAGAAGCAAACGAUUUGACAGCAUGUCCAGCAAAAAGAACAACACCAGGGAUUCCAACGUGGUCCCCCACCGUAGUACUAACCUGGCCCGACGAUGCUUAACUUCGCUGAGCAGACGGGAAGCGGUGCUGUCAUCGUGGUAUGGUCGUUCCUACCGGAGUCAAAGGAGCAAAAGUACAAAUAUUAUGUCAAAAGACUUCCCUUUAGCAAUCAACCACGCUUUGGUGUUUCUUUUCCUUGCUCUACUGAUGGGUUUGAUUGUGCCCAUGUACACUGUAUUGGUCCAGGAACGUGGCCAGCACUCCAACCAGACAACUAAGAAGGUGCAUUCCUCUUCUCUACCUAAGAUGUUAUGAUUCUUUCAGUUCAGAUUCCUUGAGCAAUCAACCACUUGGCGUCUCUUUACCGUGCUCUGUGAUUGGGUUAUGUUGUGACCUUGUACCAGGUACAGUGUAUGUAUUGGUCCAGGAACGGGGCCAGCACUUCGGCCAGACAACGAAGAAGAUGCAUUCCUCUUCUCUGCCUAAUAAGUAAUCAUUCUUUCAGUUCAGAUUCGUAUGUAAAAUAAUAUAUGCAUAUACAUUGUACAAGA